CGUGCAGUGGACCGCGACUAUGGGCCGGAAGCAGCAAAAGCGCACGCAGAAGGGCAAGCGCUCGCACACGCAGGCCAGUAGUGUCCAUGGGGACGAGCAGAGUACGCAACGGGAGACUGGCCAUGGCUCGCCACACCCAAGCACCACCACCCCCACCAUCAUCCCCGGCAUUCCACACUAUGAAGGACAAGAGAUCAAGCCGAAGAAGGCACGGUAUGGGCCAAAGGACUUCCAGCCAGAUCCCAUGGAUUCCACCCAGGAAUACAGGCUCGACGCCACCAUGCGCGAGUUCACCCUCUUGCACAAGUGUGAACGCGUGCUCAAACUAAAACGCAUGUCCAUGGCAGUCUGGCGUCCAGAGUGUGGCUUGGCGCAGGUCAUCUUGGCCAAGGGAACACACCCACAGACGAUGGGCCAGUUUCACCGCGAGUACCGCAGCGACAUGCUGUAUCCGGAGGAGGCGCUUUUCCUUGUGGACAGGGGUGUCCUGGAAAUGUACCACAACGACGCACCUCUAUCCUUUCAAGAGGCCAUGGCGCUGUGCCUCUCCACCUCCAGCAGCCUGCGCGCAUAUAUCGUGUAUGCGCACUUGAAGCGGCUUGGGUACAUCGUCCUGCGUCGCAGCCACUGCAACGCGCAGAUGCGGGCCCUGCAGUCCCCUCUGCACACGCGCGGGCAACAGAGGCAGCAGCCAGGCAGUGGUGAUGGGGUGACUGGGCGGCGUGGCGAGGGUGGUGAGGACACACAGCGGUUGGAGCAUGGCGGUGAUGGUGAUGAGGAUGCAAGUGCGAAUGGCCAGAGCCAGCACCAAACAACUGAGCAGGCCCAAUCGCUUGUUGGGCGCGCCGCUAGCUUUGUUCUCUCCCUUGUCGACAAGGUUGUGUCGCCUGUUGCAGCCGCCGUGUCGCCCCACUGGUCCAGCCCGCCCCCGCUCGCACACACCGUCGACGGCCUCGACUUUCCCGAGAUGCUGCGACGACAGCGCGUCAUCAAGCAGGAACGCCUAAUUCCACCAGAACACACGCAGGCUGACUUGGACAAGGAAGAAGUGGUGUACAAGGAUGACCUGCCAGACUACUUUGCACACGCCUUCAACGUGUACACCGCGAGCAAGCGCUUCAAGCGCGGGAAUGUUGGUGUCCCAAAGUUUGUCGUCGUUCCCAUCAGCCAUGAUGCACCAAGGCCAUCCCUGAAGGAGCUUCGUGCUAUGUCUGCAGCCGUCGCACCAGCGGCGCUCAAGUUUGCAGUGGAGAAGUGUGGGACGAUUUUGUUCCACGGGUUGCUGGACCUCGACCUGCCUGUGUACACCGUCACGCGCAGCCAUCCGAAGCACGCGCAGAAGCAAGAAGCAGCUCAGCCAGCAGAUGGUGAUGAUGGUUGAGACCUUGUUUGAUUGAUGAGAACUACAUACAUUCAUGUCAAUAAUAAAACAUUCAUAAAGGAA